CAGCGUCAACCUCAGAGGUGUGGAUUAGGGUUUCGGUUCCAAAUCCAUGGCUUCUUCUUCGAGCUUCAAGCUUGCGCCUGCUUCUCCUUCAGCUCAGAAAUCAUCAAUGGCUGAGAAAGCGCUAGCGCUGCUUCGAAGCAGGCUACGGGAUCAGAGCUUCGCUCAUGGUGUCUUCAAAUCUUCUCCGGAUAGCAACUAUAGCAAGUUGAAGUUCCUGAUCUCCACUUCCAUUGCUGAGGGCUGCAACAACUCUGUCCUUCUCUUAGGCCCCCGUGGUUCCGGGAAAAUAUCUGUGGUGGAGCUUGUUCUUGCAGAUUUGAGUGCUGACUAUCCAGAUAUGCUCUCUGUGAUCAGAUUGAAUGGCCUGCUGCACAGUGAUGACAACUGCGGUCUUAAGGAAAUUGCAAGGCAAUUAUGCUUGGAGCAUCAGCUGCUAUUCUCAAAAAUGGCCUCAUCUGAUGAUAACUCGCAGUUCAUGUUGGACAUGCUGAGAGAAUGUGGAUUAGCUCACAAGACCCUAAUUUUUUUGCUAGAUGAGUUUGACCUCUUCGCACAGGGGAAGCAAAGGUUGCUGUACAGCCUGCUAGAUGCGAUGCAAACUCUGAGCUCACAGGCUGUUGCGAUUGGUGUUAGCUGUCGCUUGGAUGCAGACCAACUCUUAGAAAAGAGGGUGAGAUCCCGGUUCUCACAUAGGAAGCUUUUGUUCAUUCCUCUUACAACAGAAGAUCUGAAAGUGUUCUUGAACCAUGCGCUGUACUUGCCGGAAGACUCAUCUUUUUCUUCAAACUAUGUUAAAGAAUUCAACUCAAGGGUCAAAAUUAUUUUAGGUGACAAAAAGUUCAAUGAAGCUCUGAACUCAUUGUCUAAUGUUGAUGGAACCAUUGGCAACAUCCUGAGAUUUCUGUAUCAAGCUGUGUCAUAUAUGGAUUUAGCCUCUGGACUGUUAACACUGCAAAACUUCAAGAGUGCUAUUCUCUGCUUCCAGAAGCAACCAAAACUUGAUAUUGUGAAAGAUGCUUCAGUUUUGGAGCUUUAUAUUUUGGUGUGCAUGAACAGAUUAGAGACAAAAGAACAAAACACAUACAAUUUCAAUUCCAUACUAAAAGAAUAUAAGGCUAUACAUGAAGCAUAUAAGACCUCUGACCAUUAUGGUCGAACUGUCUGUUCACGAGCUUACGAACACUUGUUAGAGCAAGAGCUAAUUUGCUUUGUUGAUGGCAAGGGACGUCAUCUUUCCAAUGAAUGCCGCCCUGUGAAACUUCUUGUAUCCUUCUCUGAGCUCUGCCAUGGGCUGAAGUCUAACACCUCAUGCCCUGCUAUUCUACAGAAACUGUUAGAUCAUGAAAGUUUCAAAUAAGAGCACGUUGUCAAAUUUGCAAAUGCUAAGCUUUGAUGGCAAUUUAUAUGAUCAGUGUUGUCAGACCAGGACUAGCCACGCCAGUUUGACGAGCGAGGGAAACCAGAAACCGGGCCUCUGUAUGUACACUCUACCCUUAAAACCUGCCAACCAGUGGCCUGCUGGUUCACUCCCAGUUGCUCAGCUGCAGGCAUAGCUGAUCAAAGGCUAAUGGAGGAAUGCCCGGAAGAUCACCCGGUGAUAGAGAACCCUGAUUCAAUUUAUAAACUAGGACGGAAGGCAAUUAAAUCAUGUUUAGUUGAAACAAAAUAUCAAGCUUGAUGUGAUUAAGUUCAGGCCUGUUCUGAUAGAAGAAGCCUUCAAACUGCUUGUUUAAAGAGUGACACACUUGUACUUUGCAACAUACGGAGUAGUUACUACAACUAGUAAUAAUGUUUCAGGCUAUGACUAGUUAAUUAUAAGCUUCCAACUUAGCUUCUCUUUUCUCUAAUAGUUUCAAUGCUGUUGUUAUAAGUUUUUGGCGUUUUGUUUUGUUUUGUUUUCUAAAGUUCAUGUCCCAUUAUUAUUUUGUUG